AUGUCUAACUCUCGCGGAGUGGGCCGGUCGGAGUCUGAUGGAAAAGAAAACCACAGACGGCGGCAGCGCAGCGAGUCUGCCUCUUCCACCGGUUGGCAAAUCACAUCCAACAGCCGCUGUAUUGUCUGCGGCCGACUGGGCGACACGUGCGACUGCCGCACAACGCGAAUGGAUCCAAUGCUGAAGCGGCAGAAACUCGACAAUUUUCUUCUCAACACGCCGUAUGUGCGGUGUAAACAGAUGAAGGCGCUGGAUGAUGUCACUCGUGAAGAGUCCAGGCAGCGUCGACGAUGGAUCGAACGUUGGGGAGAAGAGUUUGAAGUAAUUGCACAGAUCGCCUUAACUAGACGGCGAAUGGUUUUUCUCAAACAUGAAGAGUUAACAGAGCGAGAGGUGAUAACGGCAACAGAGCGGAAGGAAUGGGCAGAGACAUUGGCUCUUGCGGAUCGAUAUAUUGUACUACUUGCUCUCGCUAGACAUGAGCGAGAGGAACGGUUAAGUUUAUAUAUGUCUGCAGAGCGAGAAGCACAGAAAGUAAUGAUUUGGCAUUCUUUUGUAUUUCAAUUACUUAGUUUACAAAGCCGUGAGACGGCUUUACGUAAUGCUCUUAUUAAUCACGAAGCUGCAGCAAUAGCUUCUUUAAAAAGUUUAGAUGUAGAACUUCUUAAUGUAAUGGACAGGAAUGAAAAAGAACGUUGUAGUGUUUGUAAAGAAUAUUGGGAACAACGUGAAGAAAUUGUCUUGUUAUGGCAGAGAGAAGUAGAAAGUUUACAAAAAAUGAUCCUAGAUGAUAAAGAACGUGUGGAAUGGAUAAUGCAGGAAAGGUAUCAAAUGUUUGAACUUUGUGUAAAAGAGAAAACAGAAUUAGUAUCAAAGGAGAUGGAAAUUAGAGGAUUUUUCUCUAGUAGGGAAAUGGAGGAACGUAAUCUUGUACAAGAGAAGAUACGGUGUUGUGAAGAGCAGAGAGAUGCUAUGGCACAACAGGAAAGUUCAGCACGAAUAAUGAUUAUUCAAAAUGUAGAUUUUACCUUUAAUGAAUUGUUAUUAAAGUUUAAACAUGAAGAGGAAGAAAUUCGAAAAUUAAAUGAAUUUCAGUAUCAGCAGAGUGAAAAUGAACUUCGUCAAGCUAUCCAUUAUCUACAGAUGAUUGUAGAAGAAGAAAAAACUAUAUUUGCCGCACUGAUAGCUCAAGAACAUCAUGAAAAGGAUCAACGAUAUCAAUGGAUGUUAGAAAAAGAGAGACAACGUACUGAAUUUGAACACAACACCCUUUAUCAAAUCCAACAAUUAUACACAGAAGAAGAAGAAGCCCGUCAUGUAUUGAAAAGUAAAAUGCAAGAGGAUGAAAUUGGAGUGGCUGCUUGGAUUCAACACAAGUUAAGAAAACUUCGAGAAUUGGAAGAGGCUGUAUUAAACCAAAAAGGAGAAAUACGAAUGAAAGAACAUGAAGAACGGUUUGCACUUGUCUCUCAUAAGGCAGAACACGAAGAUGCCGUGCGUCGAUGGAUUGAUCAGAAAGAAAUUGUUCGUCAGUCUAUCAUUACUGAAGAAACAUCAUCUCGUGCGAAUGGAAUAGAAAUGGAACACGCAGCAAGAGAAGAAAUUGCUUGGCAUUUUGAUUCUGGAUUAGAAAAGUGUCAUUCAUUUCUUCAAGAACGAAAAGAAGCGCAAGUAAAGUUUCAACAAAAGGCUUUAGCGGUAUUAGGAGAAAUCAUGCAGCAAGAAGUAAAGGCACUCGCACUCUUACAAGAUGCCGCCCAAAUGGAUAUGGAAAACGCGUUAGAAGAAGAAAAACAAAGAGUACGACUGGAAUUUCUCAAUAUGGAAACGGAACAGAGAAGUUGUAUGCUUCAACAGGAAAUACGCUGCCGUGAAAAUAUUUCUACUCAAAUGCAAUUACAACGAAACUUUUUCGCCAAAGAGGCACAAGAACUUUUAAAAGCACGAUUAUGUGAAAUAAUGGCAGUAGAAGAAAGUCAACGGCAUGUACUUCUUCAUUUAGAAGAAGAGUCUGCAGAACAUCUUUGGAUACUGAGUAGACGAUCUUGGGAAGAUGCCCAGAGAGUGGAAAGAGAACGUAUACGUGAGGAACUUCGUCAACGUGAGAUUGCCCUCAUGGAAGACGAACGGCUUUACUGCGAAGAUGAAGUUCUUAUCUUUGAUAAAAUAAAGACAUCAAGAAGAGGAGAAGAAUAUCAAAGAGAAGAAAGAGAUGAAGAUGAUGAAGAUAAUAAUGAUGAUAUUAUGAAUUAUUCUUGUAUGGAUGAAACAUGGAAACUGCAACGACAAUAUGUUUUGAAUGAAUUGGGUUUAGAAGAAAAAGAUGGGAAAGAAUUAACCCCAUCUUCUGUAGAGUUUCUGGUGAAAGUGAUGAAUCUUAUCUCAGAGAAAAAAGCACUUGUGAUGGCAGAAUUACAUCAAGCCGAAAAGGAAGCAGAAGAGGUGGAACGAAAAGUAGAAAAACAGAAGAUUUUACUCUCCAAUGCAAAAGAAAGAUGUGAAGAGUUAAAAGAAAAAUUAAAUCGUGAUACGGCUGAUCAUGAAAGGCGUACAGCAAUGUACCGUGAUGCCCGACAGAAGGAAGAGUCUCAGUUGGAACGUGAACGUGAGAGACUUCAGACCAAAACUGAAGAACUCUCUAAAAUGCAGGAAAAGGUCUCUGGUAUGCGAGAGGCUAUUCACAAUCAGUACCAACGUCGCUAA